CACUGGCAAAGGUCCUCAUGUUUGAUCAAACUAAUGGAGAACUUAACUAUAAUAAAGGCAGAAAGCAAACACUUCGGUUUCUGGUAUCUUGUUGGAAAAUGGAACCUCAAAAAGAUAGCAAAGGAAGAAUUGCAUCAUCUCAAGUACAAUAA